UGCUUCUCCACCAGCAGCAACGACUCUGACACCACCGACAGUCAUGUGACCACCUGGUCACGGUCUUCAAAGAACACAGGGACCAGCAGCACAUGGGUACGCCAUGAGCAGAAGAAACCGUCUGAGGUGUUUCGGACCGAUUUUAUUACAGCCAUGAAGUUGCCUGAUUCAGCACAACUGAGCCCAGAGGAGUUUUAUUUCCUAUCCGACCCCUGGAGGCAGGAAUGGGAGAAGGGUGUUCAGGUGCCAGCCAAUGUGGAAGCCAUUCCCGAACCUGUAGUCAGGAUGCUUCCGGGGGUAAAUCGAAUCCCGUUCUUUUCAGCGAUCCAAACCAGGGGCCAGUCAGAGUUUGGCUUUGGAGAGUCACAUGGUCUCACUGAGCCGUUGAGUUGUUACAAUCUUGAUGAUCUGGAUGUGACCUGGCUUGAACUGGUUAAUGCUGAAUUCAGACAACUAGCACUUCCAGAGCUGGACGAGCUCACCAUGGAGCAGGUCGUGGUGGAGCUGGAGAACAGGUGUCAGCAGAACAUGCAGCAGGCCAUCGAGACCGAGGAGGGUCUGGGCAUCGAAUACGACGAGGACGUGGUUUGUGACGUGUGCCGCUCACCUGAGGGGGAGGACGGCAACGAGAUGGUCUUCUGCGACAAGUGCAACGUUUGUGUGCAUCAGGCGUGUUACGGGAUCUUGAAGGUGCCGCAGGGUAACUGGCUGUGCCGAGUCUGUGCCCUCGGAGUGCAGCCCAAAUGUCUGCUUUGUCCCAGGAGAGGAGGAGCUCUGAAACCCACUCGCAGUGGAACCAAGUGGGUCCACGUCAGCUGUGCCUUAUGGAUCCCUGAGGUGAGCAUUGGCUGCCCUGAGAAGAUGGAGCCUAUUACUAAAGUAUCCCACAUCCCAGCCAGUCGCUGGGCCUUGUCCUGUGGCCUGUGCCGUGAACACACAGGCACAUGUAUACAGUGCACCAUGCCAUCCUGCAUCGUGGCCUUCCACGUGACCUGUGCGUUCGACCACGGACUAGAGAUGUGCACCACUCUGGCAGAGAACGACGAGGUGCGAUUCAAAUCCUACUGUCUAGAGCACAGCAGCGUCUCGCGCUCAAACAACGGCGGGAAUGUAGACAGACCUGAAACGCGGCACGCUGGUUCCGAUCUGUCGGGGACGCAUUUGGAUCGUUCGAAGCAGAACCAAGCAGAACAGGAGAAAGCCAGCCAACGCAAGCAGAAGCUGCAAGAGCUUGAAAAUGAGUUUUACAGAUUCGUGGACCCCAAGGAUGUCGCAGAAAGCCUUUCUCUGCCAGACGUUCACGUGGACUUCCUCUUCCAGUACUGGAAGCUGCGACGAAAGGCCAACUUCAACCAGCCGCUGGUGGCCCUCAAGAGGGACGAGGUGGACAAUCUCGCCCAGCAGGAGCAGGACGUUUUGUAUCGCCGUCUGAAGCUCUUCACUCACUUGCGUCAGGAUCUCGAGAGGGUCAGAAACUUGUGCUACAUGGUCACACGCAGAGAGAAGAUCAAACACUCUUUAUGCAACCUGCAGGAGAAGAUCUUUUCCUUGCAGAUUCAGCUCUUAGAGAAGGACCUGGUUGGAGACAAAACUCGGAGAGGGGAGAAGAUUCAUCGCAGUGGAGUCAGGGAACGAGUGAAAGAAAGGAGGAAGUGUAGUCCAGAAAAGAAAGACAAAUGGAGAUCAGAUGACAACUCUCUAUUCACACAGCUGGCCGAAGAGUGGGGCUCUUGCGGAUUCGUUGUGGAGAGCGGCAAGCGCUCGCAAAUGGCCUUGCGUCUGCGUCGACCUAGACAGGGCAAGUCACGCUCUAAGAGCGACUCGACGGAGACCUCCCUUCCCAAGAGCACUGGGAACAACACCUCCACACUCGACACUGAAACAGACGGAUAUUUCUCUGACGCCGAGCAGAGUGACAUUGAAUUGCGCUCGUUCAGCCGGAAGCUGCGCUUGCCCCAACUGCAUGCUGGGAAGGAGGAGGUAGUGCGGCGAAGCGUGCUUGCCUCCUAAAACCAUUUUCGGAUGCCCUGUGAUGUUUCUAGACCUAGCGAUGUAAUAGUGUUUGUGUCAGAGUACACUAC